UCCACAGCUCGGUUGAAGUUUUAGAUAACGAGAUUAUAAUAAAUUCCUGACGAGUAUUGAUUUCCUUUAACAUAUGGGAGGGAGAAAAUAUAAAUGAGAACGCAGGAAAUAUUAUAGAUGAAAAAAAUUGUACAUAAUUUAUGCAACAAGGACUGGAUAUUUAAUAAUUCACAAAACUGACAUGCAUGAUAGACUGAAACGCCGCGUUGUCCGCACGGCGUGACUCUCGGUGCUUCAGUUUUCGCCCACCCAGCAAAUCGUUCGCAUGGUUCCAUACUCGGUAAAGGCAGCAACCAGAUGGGCUUAUUGAAUCCGAAUGACGUCCUCGCCGAAAGCCGUCUUCCAUUCCUGUUCAGCAGUCUGCUCGGUCUUCGAAAGAUCGGGUCAGGCGAUCGGCGGUGGUUGGACUGCCUGUAUCCAACCCUCCUGAUCAUUUUGUACAUCGGACUGUUCGCCAUGAUCCGGAAAGACGUUUGGACCUACUACGAUUCACUGGACGAGGCGAUCUUCUACUUCAAGGACCAGAAGCUGCAGGGCUGUCUGAACCUUGUUGUGGUCCCGGUGAUCAUCUUAUCGAGCAUCAUCAGGAGCUCGGAUGACCUUGAUGGGUACAAGAAGCUCGACUGCAUCGACCGUCUUCUGCUCUACCUGAAUGCCCCGAUCGACCACGCGGCUGGAACGAGAGAGGAAGUCAGCAACCUCUGCGUCUACGUCUUUCUUACCCUCGUCACCAACCUCUUGACGUACUUCACCGUUGUCAUGGCGGGAUCCGGGGUGGAUUUCGACGUCGCAUGGAUCCUCGGCCACCUUCCGGUGCUUCUUGAGGUGGUGAUUCUUUGCGGAUUCGUCGCUGUCAUUGCCAAGAUCCGCGUCCGUUUCGAACGGACCAACUCCGUCAUCGCUGAGGCUCUGACGCCGAGGAAGAUCAGCGUUAUACUAGUCCAGUCGACGAGCUUUGAUAACGCUUCCAAACUUCGACUUGCCAGACGCAUUCACUUCCAACUCCACGACGUCGCGGCUGCUGUCAACAAGGCUUAUGGCUUUCGAGUGUUCUUCAUCUUCUUCGUCACCCUGUUUUCGAUCCUGAACCACUUCCGGAACGCGUUUGCUCUCCACGACGACCCUCUUGGCAUCAUGGACCUUGGUCUUCAUUUGGUAUGGAUCUGCUUCCACAUGGCGAAAUACUUCUACGUCGCGAAUGCCUGUCAUGCCACUGUUUCAGAGGGGAAACUGGCUGGUAAAUUUUUACUGGAUGCACCAAUUGUUCGAGGACCAAUUGGCCUCAGCGAAGAGGUAGAGGCCUUCUCCCGGCAACUGGAUAACAAGCAGCUGCAGUUCACGCUCGUCAGCGUUUUCGCUAUCGACAUACCCAAGGGAGUAACGAUCUUCAUUGCGGUCAUAACUUAUUUCUUGGUGCUAUGCUGAUUGUGAUGAGAUGUUGCGGAAUUGCAUCACCGCGUGGCUGAAGACCUGAUGUAACAACAAAUACGGCCACCACCACCACCACCGCAUGUACAUACUUGCAGCAGAUUCUCCGGCACUUCUCGUUCCCUCCAAUUCAUCAGUGAUUACAUUGAACACUCGGCGUUUAAAUCUGCGGUUCUCUCUCUCUGGAACUCACUGCAAGCUGGAGGGGAAAUUUGCCGUUGCUGAUCUCAGUGAAAGA